GGGACCUACCUGAAUUUGUCUAAUAGAAACGGUUGUUUUCGUUUCAAAAAUGAAACGUUUUGCAACUGUUUGGACUAAUGAUUACACACUUUGCUUUGUAGCAAGCUACCCACAAUGCAAUGCUAUGCUAGCUGGUUCCUAGCGGAGUAGCCAGAGAGCAGAAAACAACAACAACAAGGGUGAACGAGGUUCAACAACAGGCUAGCUACUAGCUAGGCCAGCUACAUGGGUAGCGACAAAAACGACCAGGAUUUAUCAAACGCGAUGUCCUUAUCAUCUAGACGUAUAUGUGAGUGAUGUAAUUUUAGGUUUGGACGAAUCAUAUGUGCUGUUGCAUAUCGCUUUGCAUUUACAUUAAUCUAACCCAGCUCGAGAGCAAGCUAAUUAGCAAUCGACGUCUCUCUAUGUUCGAAUAUUUUCCGGCGGCAGCAGCGGUGCCAUGAACAGUGGACUCCCAGCUUCAGCUGCUCCGCUCGGGGGUGUCGGAAUUCCCUGCGUCAAGGUGAAGUUCUGCCGAUACUACGCAAAGGACAAGACUUGCUUUUAUGGGGACGAGUGUCAGUUUUUGCACGAGGAACCGUCCAUGGCAAACAUGUCUCUUCAUGGUGGAGGAAGCCCAGUCCCUUUAUCCAUGUCAGGAGGAGCCGUGACGGCAGCGGGGUAUCCGCUUAGUGCACCCCCGGCCUGCCCGGUAGGGGUGCCGACCGUCACCAAAAAGAGCGACUCUCUUGGUUCUGCAGGCACGGCUCUGGAUGGACAGCUGUUAACCAUCCCUGGUAUGGAGGGUGGGACUGAUGCUAAUCUGACCAACUCCUACUUCAGCAGCAGCUUUAUUGGGGUGAACGGCUUCGGGAGCCCUGCAGAGUCUAAAUACUCAAUGAUGCAGAGAAUGACCAGCAGCAGCAGCAGCAGCAGUUCUCCCAGUCUCCUUGAUGAUGGUGAAAAGAACUUUAGCCACAGCGCUCACGAUCUAUUCCAUGGAACCCUGGCAGUUGGACCAGGUCAGAGUUGUGGGUCAAUGGAAAACUCUCCGUGGACAACACAGUCUUCAUUCCCUCUCCCUCUAUGUCCUCUUCCUGAUCCAGUUAGUUCUCCCAUAUCCUCACUCUUCAGUGACUUUGGUGCUCUGAGCAUAUCACAAAGGAGAAAGGCUCCCAACCCUACAGCCAAUGAGUUCAUCCCUAAGGGGGUUCCCCGCAUGGCCACUAUGGUCCAGUCCAGUGUUCCAGCCUUCCCCAUGCCCCUAUUCCCCCACCCCAGCCUCAGCAGCUCCACCGCCGCUGCCCUAGCACCCGGGAUGUCUCUUUCUGCAGGGUCCUCCCCCCUCCACUCCCCCAAAAUCACCCCCCACACCUCCCCUGCCCCACGCCGGCGCAGCCACACCCCCAACCCCAACAACCCCAAUCCGGCUAACUACAUGGUGCCCACCAGUGUGUCUGACCAGGGGGCCCACAUCAUCCAGAAGGAGACGGUGGGGGGGACCACCUACUUCUACACCGACAACACCCCCGCUCCCAUGGCCGGGAUGGUGUUUCCUACCUACCACAUCUACCCCCCCACUGCUCCCCACGUGGCCUACAUGCAGCCCAAAGCCAACGCUCCGUCCUUCUUCAUGGCUGAUGAACUCCGACAGGAGCUGAUAAACAGACAUCUAAUCACCAUGGCUCAGAUCGACCAGUCAGAGAACACCGGUGUUCCCUCUGAGGUGGAUAGCUACCACAGCCUGUUUCCCCUGGAGCCUGUCCCCCCUCCCAACCGCCUGCAGAAGACCAGCAACUUCAGCUACAUCACUUCCUGCUACAAGGCCGUCAACAGCAAGGACGACCUGCCUUACUGCCUGAGGAGGGUACAUGGUUUCAGGCUGGUGAACACCAAGUGUAUGAUGCUGGUGGACAUGUGGAAGAAGAUUCAGCACUCCAACUCUGUUACCCUGAGGGAGGUCUUCACCACCAAGGCCUUUGGAGACCACUCGUUGGUGUUUUCCUAUGACUUCCAUGCGGGGGCAGAGACCAUGUUUAGCAGGCACUUCAACGACCCCACUGCCGACUCCUACUUCACCAAGAGGAAGUGGGGACAGCACGAGCCCCCACCACCCCGGCAGCAUGCUGGUCUGCUUCCUGAGUCUCUGAUCUGGGCCUACAUCGUCCAGCUGAGCUCAGCUCUCAGAACCAUCCACACUGCUGGCCUGGCCUGCAGGGUCAUGGACCCCAGCAAGAUCCUCAUCACCGGCAAGACCAGGUUACGGGUGAACUGUGUAGGGGUGUUUGAUGUCUUAACGUUUGACAACAGUCAGACCAACCAUGUGACCCUCAUGCCACAGUACCAGCAAGCGGACCUGAUAUCCCUGGGCAAGGUGGUGUUGGCCCUGGCCUGUAACUCUCUGGCUGGCACUCAGAGAGAGAACCUGCAGAAGGCCAUGGAGUUGGUGUCAAUCAACUACUCAUCAGACCUCAAGAACCUCAUCCUGUAUCUGCUGACAGAGCAGUCAAGGCUGCGAAGCGUCAAUGACAUCAUGCCUAUGAUCGGAGCUCGCUUCUACACACAGCUGGACGCAUCACAGAUGAGGAAUGAUGUCAUCGAGGAGGACCUUGCCAAGGAGGUCCAGAAUGGUCGUCUCUUCCGUCUGUUGGCUAAACUGGGCACCAUCAACGAGAGGCCAGAGUUUCAGAAGGACCGUACGUGGUCUGAGACGGGGGACCGGUACCUGCUGAAACUGUUCAGAGACCACCUGUUCCACCAGGUGACUGAGUCUGGGACCCCCUGGAUAGACCUCAGCCACAUUGUCUCCUGCCUCAACAAACUGGACGCGGGCGUGCCUGAGAAGAUAAACCUGGUAUCUCGUGAUGAGAAGAGUGUUCUGGUGGUGACCUACUCAGACCUGAAGCGCUGCUUCGACAGUACCUUCCAGGAGUUGCAGCAAGCGGCUGCCACUGGCCCCCUGUAGCGCCCCUGCCGCCCCCCACACACAGGCAGCGGGGUGGGACUGCCUGAACCUUGAACCUGAAAGCACAUUAUUGCACUACAUCGGAGGACCAGGCGCAUAGUGAUGGCAUCAUCAGAGGGGGCGGGACUUGCUGGAUCAGUCACAUACACUGUCUUAGCAACCAGGAUAUUUUUUUUGUUGUUUUCCUAAAAACCCAGCAGCUGCCACUACAAAUAGUGGACAGAAACGGAAGCUGUGACGAUGACAACAAGGAUGAUGAACACUGCAUUAUUUUAUUUUAGAACUGGGGAACAAAACGGAUACUAAAAAAAUAAACCAACCACAUGGUAUUGAACUUUUUCCUGCUUUUUUUCUGUGGAGGAUUCACUAUUUGACUUUUAAUGAAUGUGUAAGUGGCCUACGAGAUGCACCUCCAGACAGAGCUGAAGUCACAGACACACACCGACACAGACUGAGAACUGAAUAGAAAUCAGGCUUUCUACUGCGUGUCUCUGCUGGAGACCACACCCCUUCAUACCAACACAUUAAGAGACGGGACAGACCACUGGAUGCUUUCUAAGGGGGUGGUCAAAGAACCCAUUCAUGAAAUGGGCCGGUCCAAGUCAGCCUUAGUUGUCGGUUCCCACUCAGAAAGGACAACCCACUGAGUUUUGGAGUAGGCUGUGGGUUGGGAUGGGGACUCUGUUGAAACAGACCAUAGAGGGGUGUGUUGUGUUUGUUAGAGUAGAGUAAGGCAGGCCAGGCAGCCCCUCCUUUAUUGCUCAAUGAUGGACACUAUUGUGGAAAAUGUUGUGACACAAAUUAUGAACUCGGGGGAUGGAACUGUUUUGUCAGCUCUGGGGUAGAACCCAUGGAUUGGACAUAACUAGAGAAUGGAGCCAGUUCUGCCUCAAUUAUUUUCUUUGCUGCCUCUCUCCCUCUUUCUCCCUCCCCUGAAGGGCCCCUCUUUCUCCCUCCCCUGAAGGGCCCCUCUUUCUCCCUCCCCUGAAGGGCCCCUCUUUCUCCCUCCCCUGAAGGGCCCCUCUUUCUCCCUCCCCUGAAGGGCCCCUCUUUCUCCCUCCCCUGAAGGGCCCCUCUUUCUCCCUCCCCUGAAGGGCCCCUCUUUCUCCCUCCCCUGAAGGGCCCCUCUUUCUCCCUCCCCUGAAGGGCCCCUCUUUCUCCCUCCCCUGAAGGGUCCCUCUUUCUCCCUCCCCUGAAGGGUCCCUCUUUCUCCCUCCCCUGAAGGGCCCCUCUUUCUCCCUCCCCUGAAGGGCCCCUCUUUCUCCCUCCCCUGAAGGGCCCCUCUUUCUCCCUCCCCUGAAGGGCCCCUCUUUCUCCCUCCCCUGAAGGGCCCCUCUUUCUCCCUCCCCUGAAGGGUCCCUCUUUCUCCCUCCCCUGAAGGGCCCCUCUUUCUCCCUCCCCUGAAGGGCCCCUUUUUCUCCCUCUACUGAAGGGUCCCUCUUUCUCCCUCUACUGAAGGGCCCCUCUUUCUCCCUCUCCUGAAGGGCCCCUCUUUCUCCCUCUCCUGAAGGGCCCCUCUUUCUCCCUUUACUGAAGGGCCCCUCUUUCUCCCUUUACUGAAGGGCCCCUCUUUCUCCCUUUACUGAAGGGCCCCUCUUUCUCCCUUUACUGAAGGGCCCCUCUUUCUCCCUUUACUGAAGGGUCCCUCUUUCUCCCUCCCCUGAAGGGUCCCUCUUUCUCCCUCUACUGAAGGGUCCCUCUUUCUCCCUCUACUGAAGGGUCCCUCUUUCUCCCUCUACUGAAGGGUCCCUCUUUCUCCCUCUACUGAAGGGUCCCUCUUUCUCCCUCCCCUGAAGGGUCCCUCUUUCUCCCUCCCCUGAAGGGUCCCUCUUUCUCCCUCCCCUGAAGGGUCCCUCUUUCUCCCUCCCCUGAAGGGUCCCUCUUUCUCCCUCCCCUGAAGGGUCCCUCUUUCUCCCUCCCCUGAAGGGUCCCUCUUUCUCCCUCUACUGAAGGGUCCCUCUUUCUCCCUCUACUGAAGGGUCCCUCUUUCUCCCUCUACUGAAGGGUCCCUCUUUCUCCCUCUCCUGAAGGGCCCCUCUUUCUCCCUCUCCUGAAGGGCCCCUCUUUCUCCCUCUCCUGAAGGGCCCCUCUUUCUCCCUUUACUGAAGGGCCCCUCUUUCUCCCUCUACUGAAGGGUCCCUCUUUCUCCCUCCCCUGAAGGGUCCCUCUUUCUCCCUCCCCUGAAGGGUCCCUCUUUCUCCCUCUACUGAAGGGUCCCUCUUUCUCCCUCUACUGAAGGGUCCCUCUUUCUCCCUCUACUGAAGGGUCCCUCUUUCUCCCUCCCCUGAAGGGUCCCUCUUUCUCCCUCCCCUGAAGGGUCCCUCUUUCUCCCUCCCCUGAAGGGUCCCUCUUUCUCCCUCCCCUGAAGGGUCCCUCUUUCUCCCUCCCUGAAGGGUCCCUCUUUCUCCCUCUACUGAAGGGUCCCUCUUUCUCCCUCUACUGAAGGGUCCCUCUUUCUCCCUCUACUGAAGGGUCCCUCUUUCUCCCUCUACUGAAGGGUCCCUCUUUCUCCCUCCCCUGAAGGGUCCCUCUUUCUCCCUCCCCUGAAGAGUCCCUCUUUCUCCCUCCCCUGAAGGGUCCCUCUUUCUCCCUCCCCUGAAGGGUCCCUCUUUCUCCCUCCCCUGAAGGGUCCCUCUUUCUCCCUCCCCUGAAGGGUCCCUGGUGACCUCUUCAUUUGAGAAUACGUUAUGCUUUUUGUGAUGAUUCUUUCUUGCUGGUUCUUCUCACUUUACUCUGCUGUUGUGCAGUGAUGCAUGAUGGGACAUGGAAGGGACAGUCUUUCUUUCUGCCUCAAGACAAAUGUUUUUCUGUGGACCAAUUUGGGGGGGCAAGGAAUGGGGCAAUGGGGCGAAGUGGAUUGUAGGAAGGGGUUUUGAAUCAUUUUAAGAAAAUGUCUUUUUUUAUUUGACCUUUUAAGAUCAUGUGACACAAAACAUGCUGGGGACACCGAGCAGCGAUGACCAGGAGUCACCUUUCACCUUUGACCUCUUCCAGAGGUCCCCUGGGUUUUCCCCCCUGAAGUGUGCUCUCAUUCACACCCUCUCAUGGCUUUAAAAAUAAUGGAUUGGCAUAAGAGAGAUGAUGGAAACCCCAAACCAUGCUUAUACCAAUCCAAUGCCUUUGAAUUCAUAAUGGGUAGUGAAGGAUAGAGAAUUGGUAAGGGGGGUGGGUGGUGGCUGUUGCACUCAGAGGCAAGGAUCUAUUCAGAAGGGUGAAACAUUCAAAGCGUUUUAGAAAUGUAUUAUAUAGAUCAUACCAAGACUUCUAGUCACAUGAGAAGGUCUAUUCUAUACAUCACAGUUCUAUGUGCAACAUUCAACCCUAUUGAAUAGACCCUCUGGAUGGUUUGGAAUUCUCUCAGGACAAUGGACAGCUGCAGGGGCCCAAUGACUGAAUGUGUUUGGCCGUCAUUGGUCGCCCUUUAUCCAGUCAGAUCGGUGUGGGCGGGACUCUUAAGUGCGGGGGGGAUGCUCCUAAGCACAGAUCUAGCAUCCAGUCUUACCUGAACUACUAGGGGGAUGACAACAUAUCUGACCCUAUGUCAGUUGUUAGGGGCAUCUUCUACCUACUCCACGAGGUGAGCUGUGAGUUGGCUAUGUUAGAAUCAUGUACUGUUUCCUGUGACAUGAUCAAGACCGAAAGCAUAUUUGGUGAAUGUGGUGCUUAGACCCCUAUCUUUAAACCAAUCUCUUCCAUACAACACACAGCCAUCACUAUCCACACACCCAUACCAACACACAGCCAUCACUAUCCACACACCCAUACCAACACACAGCCAUCACUAUCCACACACCCAUACCAACACACAGCCAUCACUAUCCACACAUGUCAACGUUUAUCAUAUCACCAUCAUGACACACACUCCAGUGAUGCGCGGGUCAGCUGUUUGUUCACCCGCACCCCCAACAACCCGACUAUAUGUGAUAGUGGAAAUCUGAGGGCUACAUCCAACCCUAACCCGCUAAUAUAGAAAAUGCUCUGUUCCCUUUUCUCUUGAACAUUUAUUGAACAAUGAUGUUUUUCUUCAACAUUUCAUCAAUUUAUUGAAUAUUUUGGCCUAUUGAACAGUAGAACAGUUGUUUUGCUGAAACAAAAUGUGAAACAAUAAAUGGAUAUAUUUUAGGCCGACUGCCUGUGGGCUAAUAGCCUCUACCAGCAUAUGAAUUAAAUAAAACAUAUAAUGAAGUGUGUGUGGGGGGUGUGUGUGUGUGUGUGUGUGUGUGUGUAUAUAUAUUUCUUUUUACGAUUUUCUAUGGCUUAGAAAAUAAAUACACUAUUACACAAAAUAAAGUUUAGAACACCAAAGUAACCACUGUCCAGUUGAUACUAUAACGGCCUACUUUCGUCAUUCUUUUGCAGCACUGUUGGGAAAUAAAAUAGCGCCCUCUGUGCUAGGUUAGUUGGCACGCGGAGCCUGCAGUUAGGCCCUGAAGCUUAGGUUUACACACUAAUUUUUCUAAUUAAAGAAAAACCUCAAUGUAGCCUAUAGAUAUGAGUUACACAAUUAAACAUGUACAGAUUUUUAAAAAUUAUUCCCCCCCCCCUUCACUUUAUUCCACCUGCCACCCACCCACCCUUCAUCCACCCACCCACCCUUCAUCCACCCAUCCUUCAUCCACACAAUAUUUCAGGACCCUAAAACCCUUGCCCUGCGGAUAUAACCAUGGGGAUUGCGGGUUAUGAGUCAACCCGUGCAUCACUAACUAUUGCUGCCUCUCUCCCACACACACACACACACACACCUCUCUCCCCCACACACACCUCCAUCACCAUCUUAGUAUGUUUUAUGCCCCUCUUGUGUUUGACUAAAAUGUUGUAAUAUUUGUGUGUACAGCAGUAUUUUAAUAAAGAAUACCAAAACAUA